GCUGAAAACAUGGGUCACGAGAAUCUGACGAUGGUGACUGAGUUUUAUUUCUCCAAUUUCCCUCAGUUUGAGAAUGGCAGCCUUUUAUUCUUCAUUCCUUUGCUCUUUAUUUAUGUGUUCAUUAUUGUUGGAAAUUUCAUGAUUUUCUUUGCUGUCCAGCUGGAUACACGCCUCCAUAAUCCCAUGUACAAUUUCAUCAGCCUCUUCUCCUUCCUGGAGAUUUGGUACACUACAGUGACCAUCCCCAAGAUGCUCUCUAACCUGGUCAGUGAACAGAAGACCAUUUCUUUCAUUGGCUGCCUUCUGCAGAUGUACUUUUUCCACUCACUUGGGGUCACAGAAGGCCUAGUCCUCACAAUUAUGGCCAUCGACAGGUAUGUUGCCAUCUGCAACCCCCUCCGCUAUGCAAUCAUUAUGACCCCUCAACUAUGCAUCCAGCUUUCCACUGGCUCUUGCAUCUUUGGCUUCCUUGUGCUGCUGCCAGAGAUUGUUUGGAUUUCUACUCUUCCCUUCUGUGGUCCCAACCAAAUCCAUCAACUCUUCUAUGACUUUGAACCUGUGCUGUGCUUGGCCUGCACAGACACAUCCAUGAUUCUGGUUGAAGAUGUGAUUCAUGCUAUUUCCAUUCUGACUUCUGUCUCUGUCAUCACCCUUUCCUACAUACGAAUCAUCGCCGUGAUACUGAGGAUUCCCUCAGGUGAAAGCCGUCAGAAGGCAUUCUCCACUUGUGCAGCCCACAUUACUAUUUUCUUGCUAUUUUUUGGCAGUGUGACACUUAUGUACCUGCGCUUCUCUGUCACAUUCCCACCACUACUGGAUGAGGCCAUUGCACUGAUGUUUGCUGUCCUUGCCCCACUUUUCAAUCCAAUAAUCUACAGUCUGAGGAACAAAGACAUGAAAGAUGCCAUCAAGAAAGUUCUGUGUUCUCCCAAGAUAUUCAACGCCUUUGGAAGCCACUGAGAAUUCACGUACAUCUGUCCAAAGAAAUACCAUGUCCAUAAGUUUAAAGUGCUAAAAAAAUCAGUUUCUAAAAUUAUUGUGCAUGUUUUGCUUUCAUACUGCUGAUUGGGUAUUCUUUCCAAUUUUCUAAACUAAGAACUAUUAUUUGAUCUGAUAGAGGACAUCUUCUGUGAUUUAUCUAUCUUUAUUUCAUUUGCAGAAUAUAAUGGAAUAUUUUCUCCACUUUGUAACCCCAUAUAGUGUGGUA